UUGUAUUAAGAAAAUGUGUUACACGUAUGAUUCCCAGAAACUUACAAAAAGAAUGUUUACCAAUAAGCAAUGGAGAUGAUAGCAGCGAAAGUUUAUGUGAAAAUUUCUUCGACAACGAAGGUCUACAAGAAAAUUUUUCUGAUAUUGAAAGCUUGCCAGAGAAUUUUUCUGAUAGAAAUCAGCAUAUCAAUGAUGAUCUUGAAUGCAGUUUGUCUAUGACUUCAGAUAUGUCUAGUAAUAAUGGCCAGGCGACAGAUACAGAAAAAUUUAAACAAGUUAUAGCAGAUAGCGAAAUUGAUUUUCAGCUACUACCCAAAGAAUACGAAGGUUCACGGGACGGAGAAUUAUGGUUAAGUGAAGUGACCAACUUGAUUGAUCCACUUACCGUUAUUGGGCCAGCUGGUCCUGUCUCCCUAACCCAAUCACGCACUUUAACAGUUUCAUGUUUUUUGACUGUUUACGGUUAG